ACUCUCCUUUCAUUUCAUUUCUCCCUUCAAAUUCAACCUUUUAUUCUCCAAAUCCAUUUUAUUCUUAAUAAAUUAUAUAUAUAUAUAUACACACACAUACAAAAUGAUGUCCGUCAAUUUCGCCGGAAUGCAAACCGCCGGUCACCACAAUGCCGUUUUCCAGCUAACUAACCACAACUUCCCGACUCCCUCAUCUAAACUUACUCCACGCGCCGGUCACGCGCGUUUCAGACGCGCCCCGUUAUCAACCUCCGAUUCUCACGGUCCAUCAACCUCUACACAAUCCGCACCGCCGGUUAUUUUUAGGUCAACGCGAGAGUCAAACGAAAGUAAUUAUACGACGUCGUCUUCGUCAUCUUCUCGGUCAACGACUGGGUGUUCAGGAGGAAAUGAAGAAGCAACUGUAUCAAACGGAAAACGGUUUUCCGGCUUAGGUAUUGUAGCUCCGGCGCCGGCUUUUUCUUCAAGAAAACCACCGCUUCCUUCUGCUCACCGGAAACGGUGUCGUUCUGAUCGUCCGUCUGUUUCUUUACAAACUUCCGGAUCCGGUUGCCAUUGUUGCAAAAGAAGGAAAAGUAUAUCAAAACGUGAAAUUAAAAAAGUUCCGAUCACCGGCUCUAAAGUGGCAAGUAUCCCGGCUGAUGAUUAUUCUUGGAAGAAAUACGGCGACAAGAGCAUUAUCGGAUCUCCUUAUCCUAGAGUGUAUUACAAGUGUAAUAGUGGAAAAGGAUGCCCGGCAAGGAAGAGCGUGGAAGUAGCGAUGGACGAUUCAAAGAUGCUAAUAGUAACAUACGACGGAGAACAUAGUCACGCGCCGUUGUCGUCGGUGAUAGUGACUGGUUUGACUGGAUCAAUGGUACAGUCAAAGUAAAGUAGAGAUGGAUGGGGACAUGUGUUAGGGGCACAAGUUUUCAUGGUCAAUUGUAGCAGGCCAACGAAUAUUAAGUAGUAUGACUUUUAGUUUAAUUUUUAAUUGUUUUCUUUGUUAGAAUUUUAUCAUUAUUUUUCGUAGUGGGUGUGAUUUUUUGUACAUUGUUGAAAAGAGAUGCCCCUCGAAUUAUGAAAUAUAUAUUGGACAGAGACUUUAAUUUUUGUCGUCUA